UUCACUAGGUGGUAACCACAAGAGAUAGAGAAGCAGCAGCAGCAGACAGCAACAUGCCUCCAGAAGAAGGCCAAAAAGCGACACCUGCAAAAAGGGCCAUCAAAAAGAUCCGAACCGCCAGCCUAGUAAUCAGCUUGGCACGAGGCUGGCAACAGUGGGCAAGUGACCACAACACAAAGCAAGCCCAAGAGCCCUCAGGAUGGAUGCCCAAUGCAGAAGAACCACCAGCUGAGCCACCAAAAGAAAGGCUAUUAUCAGGAUGGCCAGUUUCUACUAAGAGCGACCAAGAAAAGGGCGAGGAAAAAUCCUCAGGGAAGGAGGUAGUGGCUAACAGGGAUGUAGAAAAAGAUUCAAGUGAAUCUGAUGAAGCUCUCAGAAAGUUUAACAUUAAAAGCAAAGAGGUGACCAAAACUGUUGUAAGUAAAGUCUAUGAAAGAGGAAAUGACAUUAGCCUCCUCAGUGAUAGAUAUGAGAAGGAUAAUGGGAGCCCAGAGAUCUGCGGGUGCAAGGAGGAGUCAAGUAAUUUUGACAAAAUCCUUGGUGACAAAAUGUCUCCUACAAGGCGGAGGAAGUGCUCAAAUCUGGUGACAGAGCUAACCAAGGGUUGGAAACAGAUGGAACAAGAGGAUAAAGUCCCAGAGUUGGAGCUACAUAAAUGUCGCAGUGACAGCCUGGAUACAGAGGACAGUGGCUAUGGGGGAGAGGCAGAAGACAGACUCCAGCAAGUAGACGCUGACCACAUUAUGAGGAUUAAACGACCCAUGCCAUCACUUGCAAGCAGGUUUACAGAAGAACUAAGCAGCAAGGCCCACCGGAAAUACAGUCCUGUUAAUGCUCUGAAGGGCAGAUGGCAAGAAUGGGCAGACCAGCAUGUGAUAACGCAGAAGCUGAAUCCUUUCAGUGAGGAAUUUGACUACCAACUGGCCCAGUCGACACGCCUGCACAAAGGAGAUAAGGGCUAUGGUCGUCCUAAAGAGGGAACGAAAACUGCUGAAAGGGCCAAGAGAGCGGAGACUCACAUUCACCGGGAGAUAAGAGAUAUGUGCUUUAUCAUUGCAACAAUGGCUCAGCUGAGGCGCGAUGGCAAGAUCCAAGUCACCUUUGGGGAACUCUUUGACAGAUAUGUCCGUAUUUCAGACAAGGUUGUUGGGAUUCUCAUGAGAGCUAGGAAACAUGGGCUGGUGGACUUUGAGGGAGAAAUGCUAUGGCAAGGCAGGGAUGAUCAUGUCAUAAUCACUUUAUUGAAAUAAAUGUACAACAACCCAUUAUGGUAAACUUAAAAUACACCAAAUUUUUCCAUUGCUGCCAGUGACCGCACCAUUAAAUAGUCAACGUUGUGAAUAUAGGAAUUUACCACACAGUCGGAAAGAUACUUAACAUUAGUUCUAGGGAGUCAGAUGUUUUAUAAUUACUCCUGUGAUACCAAGCAUCCUUUUGCUAUUCCCUUUGUAUUGUGCCCUCUACCAACUGAGUUUGCAGCAUUAUAAAGUUAUUUACCACUCAGAUAAGGAUGGAUGUGGAAGAACUGAAGUGAAUACAUGUAUUGCAUGCACCAAAAUAAAUGUAAAAGCAUAAUGGCAGCAGAGACAGCUCCACCUCAAUCCCAACCCUGAGUUGCUUUCACAUACAAGACUUUCCCCACUCUAAAUUAACUUAGAUGUGAUUUUUGGAGUUAUAAAGUGGGUUGGAUCAGGAACCAACUGAGAAUAUGAACUUGAAUGUGCAAUCUAUUAAAUUGACCCUUCAGUCCUGUCCUACAUUUCAUAAUUAAGUCACUAAAAAUCUAUUUAAGGGCAUACAAAUAGAAUUUGAAUGUACAGCAUCUGCAUUUACAACUAAGGUAUAGGAUAUACCAGUUAUUUCCUAUUUUAAGUAUAGCAAAAUACUACUGCAGACACCAUGCUGUAGUAACUAAUUGACAAAUGUUGAUGUUUUAAUGGUGAGCACUGUAUCUGUGAUGUUUUCCCUUACAUUUCAUACACAAAGUAAGAUAAAACUUGUACACAGAGGGCUUUAUAUUUAAGACUGAGAAAUGGAUGGAAUGGUGGCAUACAUCCCCUACAGAAAAAUACUGAACACAAGGCAAGACUUGAAUGCAUAGAGGAUAUGGAAAUUCAUGAAAAUUACUGCAUAUCCGUAUAUAGAAAUGAUUUCCUAUUCAAUACAUCUAUAGCAAUAAAGGUAAAUUAACAUACAGCACA